AUGGGCUUGCGUACUAGAUCAUCUCUCAAAAUAUCUGGGAGCUCUAGUAAAUUUCGUCCAAAUUCUGGGACACGAGAAUUUGCUAAUCUAUCUGAGUAUGAUUCUCCAUUAGAAAAGCUAGAGUUUAAAAAUAAAGGUGAAGAUACUGAACAUAUAUGUGAAAGUAGAAAUGAACUAACAAACUCAAGUGAUGCAAAUAUUGAGGAUAAUAAAACUAAUCUCGAUAUAAAUAAUAAUAGUUUUCCCACAGUGAAUCAGUGGGUAUUGGCAUAUUUUGAUGAAUCAGCAAAAUAUAAGUUAGCACGCAUUAUUGGAUGGAAACUAAUUGGGGAAAGUGCAACUCAUCUUCUUCAUCUUGUAGAAAAUAAAGAUAAAUAUAAUGGAUAUUUAAAAGUAAACAGUAAAAAUCUAUCAACUAAUUUAGUAAAGCUUAAUUCAUCUAUAGAGAAAAACAGAAGUUCAUUAAAUCUUGUAGAUUAUGAAUUUUAUGUUCAUUUUCGUGGAUUAAAUCGUCGUCUUGAUCGUUGGAUAACUGGUAAAAAUAUUAAAGUUGAUUUUGAACUAGAAGAGCUUGAUGAUUUUAAUUUACGUGAAAAAUUAAUGAGAAUUAAUUCAACAUUAUCUCCAACUCAUCAGAAUUUAAAAUGUGUUACCAAAUCUCGUAAAAGGACUAUUGAUCAAUUGCAAAUAUCUGAUGGAGAAGAUCCAGAGGAGCAUGAGGGGAUGGAUCAUGCAGCAUUACAGGUACAUGAAGAGACAACACGGUUAAAAACUAUUAGUAAAAUUAGGAUUGGGAAAUACAUCUUAGAUACAUGGUACUUUUCACCAUUUCCUGAUGAAUACCAGAAUUUAGAAAUACUUCAUUUUUGUGAAUUUUGUCUAGAGUUCUUUAGACAUGAGGGUGAAUUAAUUCGCCAUAUUAAGGGUUGUAUCCUUAGACAUCCACCAGGUAAUGAAAUUUAUAGAAAAGAAAAUAUCUCUAUAUUUGAAAUUGAUGGAGCACUAGCUAAACGUUAUGCUGAAAAUCUUUGUUAUCUUGCAAAGCUUUUCUUAGAUCAUAAAACACUUCAAUAUGAUGUGGAACCCUUUCUUUUCUACAUUGUUACUGAAGUUGAUGAAGAAGGUUGUCAUCUUGUAGGGUACUUUUCCAAAGAGAAGAUAUCACUAAUGCAUUAUAAUUUAGCAUGUAUACUCACUCUACCAUGUUAUCAAAGAAAAGGUUAUGGAAAAUUACUGGUAGAUUUAUCAUACAGAUUAUCAAUAAGUGAAGGAAAGUGGGGUCAUCCCGAAAGACCUCUAUCUGAUUUAGGCAGAGCUAUAUAUAAAAGUUGGUGGAAUGCUAAAAUACCUGAAGUCUUACUAGAAGGCAUGAAAUCUAAAGAAUUAUUAAAUAAACAGGCAAUUGGUAGUGUAAAACAUUGGAUCACUAUAGAAAGUAUAAUUAGGAGAACUGGAAUUAGACGUGAAGAUGUAUUGAAAACUCUCGAGGAUAACGGAAUACUUAGAACUUUCUACAAACGAAAACUUCUAUAUUGUGAAUUUAAAUUCUUAGAGAAUAUUAUUAAGCACACAGGAAGGCCAGGGUAUCCACUGUAUGAUGACUACUUUAGCUGGGUACCAUAUAAUAGAUCAUCUCCUUCUUCCGUAGAGGCAUUACCUAUAGAUAGUUAA